GUCAACAGCAUCGACGCGAACCAAAUCAAGUUGAAGCCCAUCGAGAAACCGCAACCGCCUGUCCCCAAGUUAGCCUACGGUCUUGAUCGCGUGCUAUUCAACCCCGGCGUUUACCAUAUUCAAGAUCCCCGGUCUCGCGUCUUCAAUUUCGAUCCUUAUCUGGAACGCAUCAUGCCCGUCAAGGAGUUCGAUUUCAAGGCCAUAAAGCAAUAUGUCACAUCCUCCAAGGACACCACCCUCAUUCAAACAGCAGCCGAACACAAAAAGAAGUACACGGGGUCGACUUCAAGCAUGACUUCUACCCUAGCCCACUUCCACUAUCUCCUCUCCUCCUGGCGCCCUAUAAAUCCAUCCAUGAUGUCCCGCGGUUUCGAGAUCGAAUCAUACAACUUCACCCGCAUUAUGCGGGCCCCUUCUGCCACUUUCCUUCACUGGAAGGACGGCAUCUACGCCAUCGAUGCUGACAAGGAGUUCGAUACGGCAAACAUUCUCAGUAUGCUGGGCAAGUCGAUGGAGAAGUUCCUUACCCUGCCCAAAGAGGACUUCGAAAAAUACCGCAAGACCAACUCGGACCAGCUCACGGAGGAGGAACGGAAUGGCCCCGAGUCAUUCCACUACACCACCCUGGGCGAUUUCAUGAUGCGGUCCCAGCUUGACGCCUACGAUCCCCGCCUGCCGGGGACCGGCAUGUUCGACCUCAAGACCAGGGCUGUCAUCUCGAUCCGCAUGGAUGCCCGCGAUUUCCACAAAGGCAUGGGCUACGAGAUUCGCAAACGCUUUGGCCAGUGGGAGUCGUUUGAGCGCGAGUAUUAUGACAUGAUCCGGUCCGCCUUCCUCAAAUACUCGCUUCAAGUCCGCAUGGGUCGGAUGGAUGGCAUCUUUGUCGCCUUCCACAACACCGAGCGCAUUUUUGGAUUCCAGUACAUCCCCCUCUCCGAGAUGGACCUCUCAUUGCAUGGCCAGAGCGACCUGACCCUCGGCGACCGCGAAUUCAAGCUCAGCCUCCACCUGCUCAACAAGGUCCUUGACAAGGUGACGGCCAAAUACCCUGGCCGCUCCCUGCGUCUUCAUUUCGAGACGAGAGGCGAGACCACCCCUUUCAUGUACAUCUUUGCCAAGCCUGUCACGCCCGCCGAAAUCGAGGAAAUUCAAGGAGCCACGCGAGCCAAGAUUGAGGAAUUCGAGCGAGAGAUGAUGGGCGUCAUGAGCGAAGAGGAACGUGCGCUGGCAGAGGAGGAUGGCGCCGACGAGGCUGCUGAGGAGGCGGACGAGGAAGAUGUUGACGUGGUCGAAGAGGAAGGGGAAGGCGAGGAAGUAGCCAGUUCUGCUGCGUGGGAAGAGGUUAUGUCCAAGGUUGAGGACGAACUGGAGGAUGAGGAGCACGGCGUGACAUUUGUUCGGGAGGCCAUCGAAGAUGCCCUCCAGGAGAGCGGCCUUCUCCGGAAUACGCCGACCGACGAGACACAACGCUACAUCGACGCCUUCCUUGACGCACUCACGAACAAUGGCCGCCCUGGUGCAUCGGGUGCACAAGAAUCUCCCACGGAUACAGCAGAGGAGCAGGCUGCCGAACUGAGCGAGGCUGAGGAGUCACCAGAGGCCAAGGACGAGCAGUCCCCCGCAACCGACGAGUCAUCUGCUGGCGAGCCGACCCUGAAGGACUUGAUCGUCAAGCUGGCGACGCAGAUCCGCACUGUCCCCAUCAGCGAGAAACGGAACAACCAGCCGAGCGAUCUCGAGGCCGACAUUGUCGACGAGGAUGCGCCGGCGCAUGCUCUCAGACUCCGCAAGAUUGAGAGGAUUCUGUCGGAACUCAAGGAGCAGCCGCAGGAAGAGGAAGAAGAGGAUGGCGCUGAGCGGGGCGAAGGGAACACUGUGAUUGAGACGGGUUCUAUGACUGUUCAGCCUGGGAAGGCUGCCGAGGCGGGGAAGUCGGCUGAACCAGUCGAGCCGGUCGAGUCGGUCGAGUCAGGGGUCACUGCCGCCAGAGAGUUCAGCACAAAAGACUUUGUUGACGAAGCUGACGGCGGCGAGCUCUACGGCCUCGUCCUCACCAUCCGGAACAAAGUCGACGGCAAGUACGUGGUUCGCCCAGACGCGCUUCGACCCAAGCAGCGCUGGACCGUCGAGUACGCCAUAGAGGAGGUGAACCCGGAGCGCGCCACCAACCUGUACAAGAUGGUUCUCAAGCGCCGCAAAAACCUACUCUACCCGGAUCAGGAAGACCGCAACAAGUGGCACGCCAUGUUUCAGGGCCGGCUGGAGCAGUACAGCACCCGCGGCCGCAAAUUUCGCAAGCGCGAGAACCAGCGUCAGCGCCAGCAGCCCGUGCACGUCUACGGCUCUGACCACCCUAUCCCGUACGAGUUGGUGUUUCAGGAGGCCAAGAACGGUGGU